AUGGAACUCGUUGUGAAUUCACCCGAUUCUCAACAAAUCUUUAAUCAACUCAUCAAUCUGUCCGCUGAAACUCACGGAUGGUCACAUCAACCGUAUGAUUACAAGUUCUAUUCGGAGAACUUUGAUGGGUACUGGCUAGUGGCAGUGGUGGAUAAGGAGAAAGACGCCUCUAGCAAUUUCGUAGCUGGUGGCUGUCUUGCCCGUUGGGAUGACGCCAACGGUCCUCCUCUCUUCUCCAUCGGUCUUUUCUACACAAACGAGAGAUAUCGUGGUCAAGGACAUGGAAAGCCGAUUUUUCAGAGAAUGAUGGAUAUUGUGGGCGAUGGGAAUUGUGUGUUGACAGCAGCUGUCGACAUGUCCCAAAAGUAUGCAGAUGUCUUCGGCUUCACAGAAAUGCCAUCUUACUGGCAUAUGGAGGCAGACGUGCAGCCAGGGAAGAACUUGAAAAAUGUUGACGAAAGCCUCCUAGACGCCUACGACUUGACUAUUUGUCCAAGAAAUCGGAAGAAACUUAUGAGAAUUUGGUUUGAGCAGGAUCAGGUUUAUACCAGGGUCGCUUUUGACAACACCAACCAAAAAAUAGUGGGGUACUGUACUAUCCGAGUUGUUAACUUGAAUCGCCUGUGCGCUGCUCCGUUCUACGCUGAAAAUGAGGAAGUGGCGACACGUCUUCUUGCCGACGUCAUCAGGGACAUUCCGGAUUUCGAGAAGUUUAAAAAUCUGAUUUUCUGGUACCCAGCGAUCAAUAAAAAUAUGGAGAGCCUGAUCAAUCGAUUCGUUGGUGCAGAUGGGUACAGUAUCAAAGUGGAUUUCCGUGUUCAAUUCACCAAGAAGCUUCUAGAAUCCAGAGAUGACGUCGUGUAUUCCGUGGCUUGCAGUACUCAUCAAUUUGUGUAA